UACAUGAAGUGCUGCUUUGGCAUUAGUAAUGCACUCAUAAGUUGGAAGUAUUCACCUUCUUCAGAGUGAUCUCUCUGUUCAAAUUAUAUUUCAUGUUCAACAAAGUGCCGUACAUCUCAUCUGAAGGUAUCUCUGCAGGUCAUGUUAGAUAUAAGUCCUGUCUGGCAGUUUUACAGCUGACAGAAAUGUGAGAGUUUGCUAUUUCUGUAGACCUAACGUUAGCAAACAUAUCUCAACGUGUAGUAUAACUUAACCUAUCAUUGUUAUUAAAUUAUCAAUUAUUUGGAUCAGAGUCAUUAUUUAUCGACAUGGAUAAUCGCUGCUAUGGCUGUGCUUCAAAAUUCACCCUCUUCAGAAAAGAGAUAGGCUGUAAAAAUUGUGGACGGGGAUUUUGCUCUGGAUGUCUCACCUUCAACGCUCUGGUGCCACGCUGCGGCAACACUCAGCAAAAAGUCUGCAAGCAAUGUCACGGGAAUCUCACAAGCAGUGGUGUCCCCAAAAAUGAUGCUGCAAAUUGGUCACCACCUGAGAACUACAAGAAGCGGGUUGCUGCACUGGAAGCAAAACAGGCCCAACACCCUACUAGACCUGGUCAAAGUAAAAACAGCAUGGUAGGAAAUAUCCCCACCAAAGGCUUAAGCAAGGAGGACCAUGCCCUGGUGGAGAGGCUUGAGAAGCUGAAAGAGGACACUAAACUAAAGUCUUUACCAUCAGACAAAGAGAUUGAGGCACGACUAGCCGCUCUGAGGGCCCCUGUGAAGCCGGUGCCUUCUUCUGAGGAAAUGGAGGAUCGCCUUGCUGCUCUACAGGGCAGACCACCAUCAUCAAAGGCUCCCCCACCAGUGCAUCAGCCACCUGAUACUCGCACACAGACAGAACAGGCCAAUGACCUCAUGAAGCAGUUGUCUGAGGAAGUGGCCAUUGACGGCCAACAGCCAGCAGCUGAAGCAAGUGCAGAUGUUCUGAACGACCUGAACAAGCCCAAGGAUGAGCUACUGGACGAGAACCUGGAAGAUGUGCAGCAGGUGGCCAAACAGCUGGAGGCGGAGAGGAGCCGCGUGCUGGCCGAGGCCAUGAUGGAGCUGGAGAGGGACCAGCAGAGCCAGGAGCAGAUCCUGCACAUGGCCAAGAGACUGGCCCAGCUCAAGGGGCAGGACCCUGACAAAGUCUCAAAGGAGGACUUCCAGCAGCCAGACAGUGAUGAGGAGACAGAGGAAGAGGCCAUGCAGAGGAUACUGAAGAAGCUUUCAGAAGAGGCGGCACUGGACGAAGCGAGUGGUUACAACAUCCCCCCUGAGCGCAGCGGCCCUCGAAACAUAGAGAGCACCAAGACCAGCAAGACAAAGGUCCCUGCUCAAGGACCGGCCCUUUCAUCCAAGUCCAGGCCAGCUGCGACUGCCUCUGCUCUUCGGCGCUCAGACAGUGAGGAUGACGAGGAUGAGCUGCCCUGGUGCUGCAUCUGUAACCAUGACGCCACCAUCCGUUGCCAUGGCUGUGAUGGGGACCUAUACUGCAGUCACUGUUUCAGGGAAGGGCAUGAUGAAUAUGACAGGAAAGACCAUCGCACAUCCAAAUACUCGGCACCAAAAAAGGCCAAGAGGAAGUCUUGAGAAGAACAGGGUUGGGCAGCAAUUAGCGACUAUCAACCAGCAUUCUCAGAAACCUGGAGCUGUUAGUCAGUCAAGUGUCAACUUCAGGUAUUGGCACAUAGACUUUGUUGUAGACUGUAAAUCACGCCGUUGCCAGUGUCAUGCGAAAGGCAGCAGUCUUUGUACUGUAGCCGCCCACUGCACCACAGCCACUGUUGUGUCUAACAGAGUAGAUUCCAUAGUAGCACUUCAGCUGGUCUAGACAGUUUAUUCAUUGAUUUUUAGCUUGGUAGGAGCCUUAACUACAUGCUACAGUCUUAAUAGGGUUCUAAAGCUUUUCAUUUUAUAUUUUAAUUGUGCAAUAUUUCAUGUACUGCCUUAAAUGAUAAUAAUUGUUAUAAUGGUAAAAAUGUCUGUGUCCCUUUUAAAACGAGCCAUAUACUGUAAGUAUCAAAUCCAGAUAGGGCAAAUAACACUCCUGAAUGUUAUUUCAGUCCUCAAUGAAAUAAACUCUUAAGCACCGAAA